AUGUCAUUUACUCACUGCUUGGUCAAGACCUCUUGUAAAAGGCCAAGCCUGAAAGUCCACAUCAAUACCACGAGUGACUCCAUCCUCUUGAAGUUCCUACGUCCAAGUCCAAAUGUAAAACUGGAAGGUUUUCUCCUGGGAUAUGGCAGCAACUUGUCACCAAACCAGUACUUCCCUCUUCCAGCAGAAGGAAAAUACACUGAGGCCGUGGUCGAUGCGGAGCCUAAGUAUCUGAUUGUUGUGCGGCCUGCUCCUCCUCCAAGUCAAAAGAAGUCAUGCUCAGGUAAAGCACGUUCUCGCAAACCUCUCCAGCUGGUUGUCGGCACUCUAUCGCCAAGCUCUGUAUUCCUGUCCUGGGGUUUCCUCAUUAAUCCGCAUCAUGACUGGACAUUGCCAAGCCACUGUCCCAAUGACAGAUAUUAUACAAUUCGCUAUAGAGAAAAGGAUAAGGAGAAGAAAUGGGUUUUUCAACUCUGCCCAGCUACCGAAACAAUUGUGGAAAAUCUAAAACCCAACACAGUUUAUGAAUUUGGAGUCAAAGACAAUGUAGAAGGUGGAAUUUGGAGUAAGAUUUUCAAUCACAAGACAAUUGUUGGAAGUAAAAUCAAAGUCAAUGGGAAAAUCCAAAGUACCUAUGACCAAGCCCACACAGUGCCAGCAUAUGUCCCAAGGAAGCUAAUCCCAAUAACAGUCAUAAAACAAGUGAUUCAGAAUGUCACUCACAGGGCUUCAACUAAAUCCCCAGAUAAGACUCCCUUCGGAGGAACAAUAUUAGUCCACCUUAUUAUUCCAGGUCUCAACGAAACCACCGUAAAGCUUCCUACAUCCAUAAUGCUUGAGAUUUCAGAAGCAAUCAAGACACAGUUAGCUAAGAAUGAAACGUUGGCAUUACCUGCUGAAUCUAAAACACCAGAAGUAGAAAAAAUCCCAGCACAGCCCAUAACAGUGACUUCUGAGUCAGUGCCAAGAACCAUGAAACCCACUGUGUCUAGUGCAUUAGACUUUUCAGAAAAAACACUGGCUUCCAUUGAAAAGCCAUGGAUUGUGCCUACAAGUAAAACAUCUGAAGAUUCCAAACCUCUCCCACCUCAAACUGCAACUUACGAUGUUUUCUCAAGCCCUCUAACAUCAGAUGAGCCUGAAAUAUCAGAACUCCAUACAGAAACAAGUGAUCCAUUUCUGGAUUCUGUCCCACCUAAAACUUCUAGAACUCUUGAACCGCCAAGGGCAACACUGGGUCCAAGUGAAACACCAUUUGUUCCUCAAAAACUGGAAAUCUUUACUAGUCCUGAAAUGCCACCUACAACACCUGCUCCCCAGCAAACUACAUCUAUCCCUUCUACACCUAAACGACGCAUCAGGCCCAAAAAACCAAGACCCAAACCUGAAAGAACCACAAGUCGUGGAACAAUUGCAUCUAAAAUUCCUAAAAGCCCUGAACCUACAUGGACAACAUUGGCUCCCAGUAAAACACAAUUUAUCUCUUUGAAACCUAAAAUUCCUCUCAUCCCAGAAGCAAUAGACACCAAACCUGCCCCAGAACCUCAGACUCUACCACCAUCACAGUCAACAAUAGGACCUGAAACUCUGGAAACCAAACCUUCAACAACAUUAGCUUCACGAAAGACCAAACGACCAGGUCGCCGCCCCCGUCCUAAAACCACACCUAGUCCAGAUGUGCCCAAGUCCAAACCUGUUCUGGAACCUGCUACGGUACAGCCGGAGCUCUUGGUGCCCACAGUCGCAUCAAAACCAUCCAAAAGACCUAAAACCACACAUAGACCAGAUGCACCUCAAAUCCAGCCUGACUCAAAACCACCAAGGCAAUUACUUCCUAGACCCCAAAUCACAGCACAACCAGAUAUGCCACCAACUAAACCCGUCUUCCAGCCUGUUACAUUUGAGACUGAAGCUCCCCCCACAACCAUAGCUCCAAAAACAUCACAACGGACAAGAACACGUCGUCCACGUCCUAAACAUAAAACCACACCGAGUCCAGCAGCGUCUCAGACUAAACUAGCUACAACAACAAAGAGACCUCGUCGUCCACGUCCCAAACCUAAAACCACACCCCAUCCAGAAGUACCUCAGACCAAACUGGUUCCUACCACAGUUUUUGAACCAGUUUUUCUUAAAACCGAGGCUCCAGGGACAACCCUAGCUCCCAAAGUACCUCACCAAACUCAUCCUCCACAUUCCAAACCUAAAACCACAGGGAGCCCUGAAGCACUUGACACUGAACUAGUUCCUGCUAUAAUCUUUGAACCAGUCACUCCCAUGAAAGAGACUCCAGGGACCACAUUUGUUCCUGUUACUCACCUUGAACCUGUUACUGUUAGAACUGAGACAUCUGGGACAACAUUAGCUACUAAGACAUCAAAAAGACCCCGUCGUCCACGUCCCAGACCUAAAACCACACCAAGCCCUCAAGUACCUCAGACCAAAUCGGUUCCUGCUAGAGUUCUUGAACCUGUCACUCUUAGACCUGAGACUCCAGGAACAACAUUAGCUUCCAAAACAUCAAAACAGACACACCGUCCACAUCCCAGACCAAAAACCACACCAAGUCUUGGAGUAUCUCAGUCCAAACCAGUUCCUACUGCAGAUCUUGAACCUGUUAUGCUCAGAACUGAGACUUGGGUAACAACACAAGCUCCUAAGACAUCAAAACGAACCCGUCGGCCACGUCCCAAACCUAAAACUACACCAUCUUCUGAAGUACCUCAAACAAAACUGGUUCCUGCUACAGAUCUUGAACCUGGCACUCUCAUAACUAAAGUUCCAGAAAUCAUGGUUCUUCCUACAGACCUUGAACCUGUCACUCUUAGAACCAAGGCUCCAGAAACAACAUUAGCUCCUAAAACAGCACAACGAACCCGCCGUCCACGUCCCAGACCUAAAACCACAUCAAGUCCUGAAGCACCUCAGACCAAACGGGUUCCUGCUACAAGCUUUGAACCUGUUGUUCAUAGUUCUGAGGCUCCCGAAUUAACAUUAGCUCCCACUGAACUGCAAACUCUUAUUUUGAAACCAGUGACAUCACCAAGCCUAGAAAUGACACAGAGUCAACCUGUUUCUGAAGUCCUGGAAUUAAGCACUGAGUCAUCAAAGGAAGCUAUAGCACCAACUGUAACAGAUUAUCUAUAUCCCUCUGCCAAAGCACCACUCAGUCCAGAGGAGCCAAAGACUGCAGUUGUGGAAUCUAUCACAAGUGUGUCUGAGCCACCCGAGACCAUGCUAGCUCCCAAACAGACACCGAGAGCUUCUCCCAAACCAAAAACAUCUCCACAUCCAAGAAUCCCACAAACACUGCCAGCUCGUAAGGUGCCCCCGCGUGUUACUUCGAAGCCAAAAACGUCACCAAGUCUAGAAGUGUCCUAUCCUCCACCUGUUUCGAGAGAUGUGCUCCUUCCCCCAAAACCAGAGCCUGAAGUCUCUCAGCGUGAACCUGUUCUGCAACCUGUUACCUUUAGAACUGAGCCACCAGAGACAACAAUAGUUCCUUUAGAGACACGAGGCAGCCCUUUGAUACCUAUGAUUUCACCAAGUACUAGUCAGGAGGAACUACAAAGCACUCUGGAAACAGAACAAUCCACCCGAGAAUUCUUUACAACUAAGAUUCCACUAACGACUGAAUUGACGAAGACAACUCAGGCCCCACAUAGACUGUACACUACUCCUGUGAGGCCCAGGACACCUGACAAAGCACACAUCAGACCCGUUCUGAAUAAGACAACGACAAGACCUAGUAGGCUCAAACCCAGUGGGACACCCAAAGGGAAUGGAAUGGGAACAGGGGUCAAGCAAACACCAAAGCCAUCAGGUGCUGGCAAAGAUGUGUCAGUGGACUCUACCCAUUCCACUAAAAAACCAGCCCCAAUCCCAGGUACCCGCCGCCCACCCUUGCCACCUAGACCUGUGCCCCCACGAAGAAAACCUUUACCACCAAAUAAUGUCACCGGAAAGCCCGGAAGUGCAGGAAUCAUUUCAUCAGGCCGAGUAACUUCUCCACCCCUGAGGGCCACAUUCAGGCCUACUGAAGCUCCCUCAGAGAGAAUAAAGACAGAUGAAAAGCAACCAACCGCUCCUGCCUCAGGAGAAGAUCUUGGUAAUAUAACUGACUUUAGCUCAAGUCCAACUAGAGAAACUGAUCAUCUUGGGAAGCCCAGAUUCAAAGGCCCUCAUGUGCGAUACAUCCAAAAACCAGACAACAGGCCCUGUUCCAUCACUGAUUCCGUCAAACGGUUCCCCAAAGAGGACGCCACCGAGGGGAAUGCCACCAGCCCACCGCAGAACCCGCCCACCAACCUCACUGUGGUCACCGUGGAAGGCUGUCCCUCAUUUGUCAUCCUUGACUGGGAUAAGCCACUCAACGAUACUGUCACUGAAUAUGAAGUUAUAUCCAGAGAAAAUGGGUCAUUCAGUGGGAAGAACAAGUCCAUUCAAAUUACAAAUCAAACUUUCUCCACAGUAGAAAAUCUAAAACCAGAUACAAGCUAUGAAUUCCAGGUGAAACCCAAAAACCCACUUGGAGAAGGCCCAGCCAGCAACACGGUGGCAUUCAGUACUGAAUCAGCUGACCCAAGAGUGAGUGAGCCAGUUUCUGCAGGAAGAGACGCCAUCUGGACCGAAAGACCCUUUAAUUCAGACUCUUACUCAGAAUGUAAGGGCAAACAGUACGUCAAACGGACAUGGUAUAAAAAGUUCGUAGGGGUGCAGCUGUGCAACUCUCUCAGAUACAAGAUUUAUCUGAGUGACUCCCUCACAGGAAAAUUUUAUAACAUAGGCGAUCAGAGAGGCCAUGGAGAAGAUCACUGCCAGUUUGUGGACUCAUUUUUGGAUGGCCGCACGGGACAGCAACUAACUUCUGACCAGUUACCAACCAAAGAAGGUUAUUUCAGAGCAGUUCGCCAGGAACCUGUCCAAUUUGGAGAAAUAGGUGGUCAUACCCAAAUCAAUUAUGUCCAGUGGUAUGAAUGUGGGACCACAAUUCCUGGAAAAUGGUAGAUGCUACAAUCGUGUUUAAAAGUGCCUUCUAUCAUGGCAAAAAAUAAUUGGAAACACUAUAGUAUUUGUCACAUUCAUUUAAAGCUGUUAUGUUUACUAUGUAUUAAAGUUUAAUAGCAAUAGUAGAUGUUUAUUAGAUUGCUGAGAAUAUUUAUCAGGUUUUACAAAAUCAUUUUAAGAAAACAAGAUAUUGACAUUAACAAUAACAUUUUAGGGAAGCUGGCUCCCUAUUCAUGGUAUUUUAAGAGAUCAUUUGUAUAUUAUUUAUCACACUGUUGUAAUGAUGUUUUGAGAUACUUUUAUAGCAAAUUUAACAUCAAAAACUAAUAUACUUUUUUAAAAAAUAUUACUUUUAUUAAAGUGUAUUCCUACUGGUGAGUUAAUUCCAUAAAACUCAACUUGGUUUAACUUAUUAGAUCAAAUUAUCUUCAGCAUUCACAUGGGGGGAGAGGGUCCUAAUAUUCAUGUUUAUUUAAACUUCAAACUUGUAGCAAUAGCUAAAUAGCUUUUCUGAAGCAUUUCAGUAGUUAAGCAUUCAGGGCGAUAUAAUACAUUUACUUAAACUUUGCAAAUUACUGAAAAUAUUGUUUGAUUCCGUAAAUUUGAUUUCAGCCGCAAACUGAAUAUCUGACAUUCAAUUUCAAAGCACCCAUUUUGGUCUUUCUACCCAUAAAUGUGUUAGUGUCUGAAUGUACUUUGUCAAACUCCCUUCAAGCAACUAUCUUCGUAUUAUUUUUAGAAUUCUAAUGAAGCUGUAUGUAGAGUCUGAAUGUGAAGUAACACAAGACCUCCCUACCAUAAGACCUUGAGGCAUGAAUGUAUCAGACAAUGUUUUCAUAAUUUUGUCUAAGUCAACCUGUAAUGAAAACCUAUUUUUAAAAAGUCCUUCAUUUGGAGAAGGAUCAGGGAAUGCUGCCUUGUUGCCCUUAUUCUGAGAGGACCUUGCCUCUGCUCUCCCUUCAACAUGCUUCGAUUUUAUCAAUGCUAAGUUUUGUAUUUUUCAAGCAAGUAUAAACUGCAAUAAAGAGAUGUAGUUUUUUUAA